AUGCAACUAUUAUCGAUCGAGUACCAACUCGCACCAGACAACCCUUAUCCGGCGGCAUUGGAUAAUUGCCGGGAUGCCUUGCAGUGGGCGCAUUCGCCUGCGGGCCGAAUUGAGCUUCGAUCUCCAUUGUCUGGCCGUGACGGUCGCCGCGGCUUUGACAAUUGUCGCACGCGAUUGUAG